GCGCGGCGCGGGCGGCGGGCGGGCGCUCCCCUCGCUGGCAGCGCUCGCUAAGAUGGCGGAUUUCCUGCCGUCCCGCUCCGCGCUGUCCGGCUGCUUCCCCGGCUGCCUCCUCACCAGCGGCGAGGCCGAGCAGCAGCGCAAGUCCAAGGAGAUCGACAAGUGCCUCAACCGCGAGAAGACCUACGUGAAGCGCCUCGUCAAGAUCCUGCUGCUGGGCGCGGGCGAGAGCGGCAAGUCCACCUUCCUGAAGCAGAUGCGGAUCAUCCACGGGCAGGACUGGGACCGCGCGGCCCGCGAGGAGUUCCGCGCCACCAUCUACAGCAACGUGAUCAAGGGUGUGAGAGUCCUCGUGGAUGCCAGAGAGAAACUCCAUAUCCCCUGGGGAGAUCCUGCCAACCAGAGCAAUGGAGACAAGGUGAUGGCUUUCGACACCCGCGCGGUCACCGUGGCGCAGGGGAUGGUGGAGACCAACGUUUUCUUGGACUACCUGCCGGCCAUCCGGGCCCUGUGGGCAGACAGUGGCAUCCAGCACGCAUAUGACAGGCGCAGGGAGUUCCAGCUGGGGGAAUCUGUAAAGUAUUUCUUGGACAACUUGGAUAAACUUGGAGAACAAGAUUACCUUCCCUCCCAGCAAGACAUCCUGCUGGCACGAAGACCCACCAAAGGGAUCCACGAGUACGACUUCGAAAUCAAAAAUGUCCCUUUCAAAAUGGUCGAUGUGGGCGGGCAGAGGUCGGAGCGGAAGCGGUGGUUCGAGUGCUUCGACAGCGUCACGUCCAUCCUCUUCCUCGUCUCCUCCAGUGAAUUCGACCAGGUGCUCAUGGAGGACCGGCAAACAAACCGCCUCACCGAGUCCCUGAACAUUUUUGAAACAAUAGUCAAUAACCGGGUUUUCAGCAACGUCUCAAUCAUCCUCUUCCUAAACAAGACGGACUUGCUUGAGGAAAAAGUACAGAAAGUGAGCAUCAAAGACUAUUUCCCAGAGUUCGAAGGGGAUCCCCACUGCUUAACAGAUGUCCAAAAAUUCCUGGUGGAUUGUUUUCGCACGAAACGCCGGGACCAGCAGCAGAAGCCCCUGUACCACCACUUCACCACUGCUAUUAACACAGAGAACAUCCGGCUAGUUUUCCGUGAUGUCAAGGAUACCAUCCUGCACGACAACCUCAAGCAGCUCAUGUUACAGUGAUGUGCAGAAAGACAUUCUUGUUUCAGUAACUCUCGUGUGUUGGUUGUUUUUUUUUAACUAGAAGUUUACAGCAGGAGUAGAGAAAUCCAGAUCCUGUCAGACUUCUUGAUAUGUGGCUAAAAGCUGCUGCUGAACACAUUAUUGCCAAUUUCUGCAGAAAUUCAGGCUUAAAUCUCUUCCAGUGUAGCUUCAAGAUGACUCAAGUUGUAAUUUUAUAGCAGAUCUGUGUCUAAGUUACCUGUAAAGUGGUAAAUUUGACCUUUUACAAACAUGUAUAUCAUCCUAGAAAAUUCAGAAUUCCAAGUCCAGACUUCCAUGAAAUUGUUGCAAUUUUUAGACUGUGGCAGUAAUUUAGGGGUGGGGGGGAGAAACUUUUCACAUCUAACUUCAUUACAAAGACUGUGAUACCAUAGCUGACUUAUGAUUUCUCAGGUCUACUUUUGGUUAGAAAUCCCAUCAAUCCCUUGCUGGAAUCAUCUGUUUGAAGCGUGGAUCCCUGGGCGUAACGUACUUCCUGUUCAAGUGUAAACCUUAGCCUUGGGUUUGAAUAGGAGAUGCUUUAAAAAUGCUUAAAAUUGGAAGCUUCAGACAUGUCUGGCAGGAAGUGCUGAGUCCAGGGACGAGGGAUUAGUGGUUGGCACAGUACACGGAUUCACUCCGGCGUUGUCCGUACGUCUCGGAGCCAUGGCAAAGCACAGAGCACUCUGGUCUGGUCCUCUGGACAUUCUGAUGUGGGAAGGGGGAGCAAGCUCAGCUUGUGUUUCAUAUCUUCACUAAGCAGAUGUUCCAUGUAGGUAACAGAUGUUCCACGUGGGUAACCCGUUCUCGAAGCGCUUUAACUUAGCACUGGUUUGUUUUAAUUCCCAGCUCCUUCCAAGGUGCCUCCUCGGAGUCAGUAGCCCCUGGUGAUGGAGAGAAGUACUUGCAAACCUAAGUGCCUCCUUGUGUUCUGUCCUCCUCUGCGUAUUUUCAGUGGCCUUAUGAGUUCCCAGCAGAGGCCUUGUGUAGCUGACACCGUGGAGGUGAAUGUUUUCUUCUGGGGAAAAAAAAAAAAGUGUGUCCCAGCAGAAUGUGCUUCUGCUGAUGAGGUUCUUUCUGAGACUUUCCAGUGGGGUCUAAGCAAUCCUAAGUGUACUUGAGCCAAAUACGUUGCACAGCAUCUCCCAGAGUGCUGCUUGUGACUGUUUUACCCAAAGUUCCAUUGCAACUUUGUUUAUUUUUUUUAUUUUGGGGGGGAGGUGGUUGUUAGUGUUGCCAUGUGAAAUAAUAAUAAUAAUAAUAAAACCCCAUGAAAAUAAAGCAGUGCUCACGUACCCCACGGCCCUCUGCAAAACGACAGUGAGCUGUUGUGUUUCAGAAAUCAGUGCAGCUGCCACGUUUCCCCCAGGCUGUUGUGUCAUGGGGGCAGUUCAACUGCCCCUUUGCCCCAUGGAACCAAUUCCUGUGGAUCAUGAUGGUGGCCAAUCCCUCAGUGAAUUCUCAUUCACAUCCCCUGCACGUGGCGAGCGGUGGGACACGGUGUCCCUGCCAGGACAUAGGAAAGCUGCCUGUCUCCUGAACUUAGCCUUUACUUACUGUGAUUGUAAGUUGUAUUAACAUCUCUGUACCUCGUUCUCCUGGCAGCAGAGGGGGGAAUAGUGUAUUUUUAUUUAGUUAGGUGCUUUGAAAGACCUCUAUUUUUUUAUAUCAUCCAAUGAGUAGCCAUAGGUUAGUCUGCGAUUCUGGUUAUCAGGCACUAUCUUGGGAGGAAAGAACUUUGAAAAGAGCUUGGGAGAAGUCACAGUGCAGAAUCUAAACAUAAUCCUAAAGUCUGGAUGCAGCACUGAUGUCGGGAGGAUGAAUAGAAUCUUAGAUGGGGAUAUUUAAUGUAGAUUUUGCCUCUGUACUGGACAUGGAUUAUUUCUGAUUUAUGUGAGCAAUUCAAGAAGGAGGAUGAGCUAGAGACCUCAGGAAAGACUAGUGAGGCUCUUUCAAGGACUGGACAUCCUUUGGAGAAGGAUAAUGGUUGAUUUGGUUGGGCUUUAAGUGCUCCAUGAGCAGACACAAACCUCUGGUGGCCUCCAAGUCCAGUGUUGGAAAGCAGAACCUGAACAAAUCCAUGCCCCACCCUAUCAACAAGAUGAGGAGUUGGGUUGUUUUUUUUCCUUUGCUGACAGUUGUCUGAACAAGUUUCUUUUCAAAAAAGAGACUUGUCUCUGAAUAAAACAGUUAAUUUGGAGAGGUCUGCAGUAUGUGCUUUGGAGGAUGUCAGACCAGAUGAUUGCAGAAAAGACUAAAAACUGGUAGUGGAUGAUGGGGCGAUUACCAGGGAUUUAUUUAAACAAAUUUAUGUAUAAUAAUGAUGAAUUUUGUGUCAAGGGACCUGUUAAUUUACUGAAGAUCUUUCAAACUGAUGUCAGUCUAAGGAUGCAGUCAGGAUCACCAAGGCACUGGGCACUUCUGACCUUGGCCAAAGUGGGGAUCAUAAUUCAGCAGCUUCUCCUCUGAACCACCCCAAAAAUCCUUGGUUUUAAUCCUCUCAGAUCACUGUCCCUGUGAACCCCAGGGCCUGUAAGAGAGCAGGGGGGACCCCAGAGCUGGGUCACUUGUAGGUCCUGGUAGAUAAGCACUAUAUGAAUCUCAGGCAGAAAUGAAUUGAUUUAAUGAAAUAACUGAGUCAGAUCACUUGGGUUUCCCACUCCCUGUUCUUGAGAGGGGGGGUGAGACAACACACCUGGAAGUACCUGUUUACAUGGUUCCUUUGUUAAAAUAUGGCCAAAACCCCCAAAUCAUCGCCCUUGGCCACCUUCAGACUCACUCUUCAUCAGCUCCCUGAAUGGAGCACAGCAUGGACGGUUGUAUUUCCCUUCAGAUUUAUUUCUAAAUAUCAUUUCUUUAUUACAGGACAUAAUUUUGGUACAAGGAACCAAACAAGUGACAGUUGUCUAGUGAGAGUGAAGCUUCCUCAUGGAAACCAGUCUGUGGUACAAGGUUGGGAUGCACUUCUGGUGAAGGUGGGAAAGCAGGUAGAAAAUCAAGUUUUCCAGAAAAUCAAGUUUCCCUAAAUUUCUUAGUUCUCUGCUGGAGUGAGCUCUGUUCAAAAGAUCACUGACCCUGUGGAGAUGAACCACUGUCUUGUACAACCUCCCUGUACUUGAAGGUGAAAUUGGUGUUUCAGCGACUGUUCCCUCCUGCAGGGUGUUAAAUGAGAUGAUUGAUACCUAAAAACUGUGGCUGUUCAUCAGGGCUUGAGAAAAUUUCACAUUUUUUAAUAUAUUGCAUGUGGGAGCGUAAGCCAUCAGUUUGUGGGAAACUUCAGCUUUCUUCUGGAAUAACUGCUCUUAGAAAGAAGUCAGGUUGAUCUCAAAGGCUGUUUAUUGGGCUCAUCUCUAAGUAGCUUUACAUUUUGCCCAUCAGCAGGUUGAUCAGGUUGGGUGGGUGUUCCAAGCUUCCUGACCCUGGGCUGGGGACAGGAUUCCUGGUGUGUGUCCAGGAACACCCCCCUGGUUAUUCCUCUUGCAGAAGCUCCGUUUCCCACCACCACUCCUGUCCCAGCCCCAUCCGAAUUCUCCUGCCGUGCCCAGUUGUUCACCACUUCACUUUACAGGUCUUGUCUCUCUGAUGGUACCAUUAACAUAGUUUUUAAUUUCACAGCAUUGCAAUACAGUGCCAUUUUGCAAUUUCUUUGCGUUGUACUUGAAAAUAAGUUGAAUUGCAGACUAUUUAAAACCGCUUUCCUGCGCUUUCAGUAGCAGUGAGAGCUUACCUUACGUGAAGCCUUUAUGUAAAAAUAUAUUUUGUAACAACCUCAUAGAUCUUUAACAAAACCAAGAUUUGUAUUAGCUUUGUAUAAAUGUUUGUGGCUUACAAUUUUAUAUGUUGUUUAACUUUUUAUAAACUUUCCAGGGACUACUUUUUAUUGUAAAUUUUUUUUUCUCCUUGCUUUAGUUUAAGAUUGGCAAUAAAUUAUUUCUAAGGGAGGUCUUAGAAGAAAAAGCAUCACUUCCUUUUUAUAAAUUGAUUCACAGUUUAAAACCUUACACUUGCUUGUACAUUGCUCUGUACAUACUCUCCAAAAGUGUUGCCUUUCAGCUAUUAAUAUUUGCCUUGUGUACAAAAAUUACUGACGAUGAAUAAACAUAUACAGCCUCA